ACUUCCGGGUUAUGCAGCGCUAGCUGGAGUAAUGACAUUGUACCAAACAGAAGAAGUCAGGUCGCGCAGUGGCUUAACGUUACAUGUUGGUACUACGCGUGCUCUGAACGCUUAAGUUUGCACCGGCACUGCCGUCGACAUGUCGUCCGCCACUCCUGGCUUCACAGCGGAGCGGCAGCACGUGGGGGCUCAGUCGCCAGUGGGCAUGCAGUACAUCCCCACGGAAGAAGAGAAGAGGGUAUUCAGAGAGUGCAACCAGGAGAGCUUUUGGUACAGGUCGGUGCCCUUCUCUUUGGUCGGCGUGGCCAUCACUCAGGCCCUAGUGGCCAAAGGGACUCUGGCUGCAUCUCCGAGGUUUGGAUCUCUUCCUAAAGUGGCCUUUGCUGGCUUCUGUGGCUACCUGGCGGGGAAAAUGUCGUACAUGAAGACCUGCCAGGAGAAGUUCAAGAGGCUGGAAAACUCUCCUCUGGGAGAGGCCCUCAGACAGAGGACAGGAAUGCCUACACAACCUUCCAAAGGUCCUCAGUCAGAGAUGAGUGACCCAGACGCCCCGUCAUUUGACACAAUGUUCCAGCCAGCGGAAGACUCUGAACAGACACCCGCCAACACCAGAGAUCAUGAAUAUGGGUACAACGCAGAGUCGCCAAUGGGCAGAGAAGACGACUUCGCCGCUCUAGACGACUUGGAAGACGAGCCCAGGAAGAAGGCCACCCUCUACGAGGACUUGAGGCUCAAGAACAGAGAGAACUACGAGGUCACGCUCACUCAGAAGGCUGAGACGCUGCUCAAAACGUUGCCCGAGAAGGAGCCGGGGAGGAACAAUAAAGACCAGAAGAAAAACAUCUACGGGGACUCCUGGGAGGACUGAGGCUCUAUUUGAAAUGCACACUGGCAUCCUGCCGUACAGGACGCGGGCCCAGUGGCCAUUUUUCUCCAGUGGGACUCGGCAGUGUCAUGAAGUUGUACAAUUCUGUGGUAUAUGUAUUUGCACAAGUCAAUUAAACCAAACUACAUGCGGAUUAAAACAGUCUCUCUCUCUA